AAAUUCUCAAAAUGAAAUUGUUUUUAUUGGUAACAUUCCUGGUGAUUCAGACUCACUGUUUUAUAAAACCUACAGAUAUACAGUACAUUGUUGCGAUUGAUGCUGGUUGAGCGGGUAGUAGAGCUGCUGCCUACAAAUUUCAUAUUAACCGUUUGACUGAAGAAUUAAUUUUAGACGACUACGAAAAAUAUGCAAAGAUAAGCGGUGGCCUUGGAUCUUACGUCAAAAAUUGUACUGAGGGCGCACAAAAAAUAAAAGGAUUACUUGAAACAAUUAAGAAAGAACUCCAACUUGGGCCAGAAGUGUUGGCUAACACACCAGUAAUACUGGGUGGAACUGGUGGUCUUAGAAAUCUGAAGUCGCAUGAGACCGAAAAUUUAUUAGUAGAAGUGCGUAAGAUGCUCAAUGUUUCCGGUUUUCUCGUUAAAGACAAUGCUGCCACAGUUAUAGAUGGUGUCGAUGAAGGAAUAUUUUCAUGGUUUGCGGUUAACUAUAUAUUGGGCCGUUGGAAUUCGCCAGACUCAGUGGUUACAUUGGAUGUCGGUGGUGCCAGUAUAGAAUUAUCAUUUCCUCUAAAAAAUUAGACCAUCGAUCAUGGGUUAAACGAUCAUCUUUACACUUUAUCAACAUCGAAAGGGAAUGGCAUUUCCAACCCAAAAACAGAUAUGUUCACUAUUAGCUAUUCUGAUUUGGGUGGACGUACUGUUAGAAAAAUUGUAGCCAGUCAUGGUAAUCCUGAUGGAGCUACAGAUUUGUAUACUAUUUGCAUGCAUCCAAAUACCAAACCAUCUUCAUUUGUAUCUGGAACCGUGGCAUAUAACGUCCAUGGUUUGCCGAAUGGAAAUGGAACAGUUGAUUUCGAUGCAUGUAUGAAACUGAUACAAGAGAAAACUUUGGGUUUGCUCACACCAAAACCCAGCCCAUUAAAAAAUGAAAGUGAAAUCUAUGUUUUCUCUGCUUUCUUCUCUGUUUUCAAGGAAACCGGGUUGAUUGAUCCCAUAGAAGGUGGUCAAGCCAUUUUAAGCAGAAUACUGUCAAGUGCGAAAAAAGCAUGCAGAGUUGAAGAUAAUAAGAACCCAUUCUUGUGCCAUGAUUUAAUUUAUAUGUAUGUCUUGUUGCACGACGGAUUUGAAUUGAAACCUGAAAUCAAAGUUAAUUUCCUUCAAAAAUUGAAGGGUCACAAUGUCUCAUGGACGCUUGGCUUUGCUUAUGACCUUUUGGCCGGAUUGAAGCGUGAGAAAAAAUUCAACCGCAAAGAGAAUUGAUACUUUUUUUAUCGUAAUUCAGAUUUAUUCUACUUCUUUUUGUAUUUUAACAAACACUUACCAUUUUUUACCAGCUUUCUAAUAAAUUAUUUUAACCAUACAGAAUAAA